AUUUGGAGACAACGUCAAAUCUGUCAGGAGUUUGUGCAGUUACACACACUAAGAAGGAAACUGUCGACUAUAAACCCUGACGAUGUCUCAAAAUGAUUUUCUUGGCAUUAAUGUCUUACUGACCAAGCUCUCAAAGCUUAGUUCCAAGCAAAGCUUGCAUUUAGAAAGUUCUGGAUGUUCCGCAUGGCAUAUUUACUCCUUUUACUUUCAAAGGCAAUUGUUACAGAAUGUUUCAAAUAACUCUCUUCUUUGCUCUCUUUAUUGUCUACAAUUUUUCUGCAUCCGCUGUGGAAAUUCCAGAGAAAUGUCGAGAUCUUUUUCCCGAGGAUGUAGCUACAAAACUCGAAACCCUUCCCUACGAAGAAAAAGAGGUUCUACAAGGGAUAGUGGCGGUUUGCACAAAGUACAAGGACGAGAAUGAGUUUCUAAAUGCGUUGAUACAACAACACCUGAAUUUGGUUACUAAAUUAAACCUGCUCUACGAUUAUAUCAGUAGAAAGAGCUACGGGCUAGUACCUGAAGCAAGGGAAUUUGUGAUGAAGGUUGCCAAGACUAUUAAGGAAGUGCGUAGAAGUCUUCGUGCUGGGCAAGAACCAUCGGUUGAAGAUAUUAAGAAGAAAGGCAAUGAGCGUAUCGCUGAUUUUGAUAAUCUAAGCGAUGCUGUCAAGGAGGAUCUCCAAAAGAACUACCCAAUCUUUACUUCCGUUAUUACAAGUAAAAAAGUGAGAGCGAUGUUUACCCCUUGAUGAACUAAAGAGCAAGAAGUGACGCGUCUAGAUUGAAUAAAUGUUGUUAUCAAA